GCGGCUCCGGCCUCAGAGCCGCCCCCUCCCGCCGCCGGAGAACAAACGGGAUAUUCAGCAGUGGCCUGUGGCUGCCAGAGCAACUCCUCUGGGGAAAUUCAGCGUCGAGGCAGCGUGCACCGUGAUUGCCUUUAAAAGCGCCCCACCCGCCCGCCGCGCACACCCGGAUACCUGGGCUGCCCCGCGGCUGCGUGCGCACGUGUGUGUGCUCGUGUGUGUGUGUGUGUGUGUGUGUGUGUGUGUGUAUGUGUGAGACAGAGGGAGAGCGGGGAAGCGAGCCGGGAGUGUGCGGCGCGCGAGCCUGUUUCUCCCCGUGUGUGCCAGAGUGUGAGCCUUGGGGGGUGCGACCCGGUGUGCGGACCGGCGUGCGCGCCGGGGUGGGAGCAAGCCGAGCGCGUCUACACCGGCCAUGAGGGCCGCGGGCGCCUGGGCCGCGCUCUGCCUGCUGCUGGCCGUGGCCGCGCAGCUCUCCCGGCAGCAGCCCCCGGAGAGAUCUGUUUUCACAUGUGGCGGCAUUCUUACUGGAGAGUCUGGAUUUAUUGGCAGCGAAGGUUUCCCUGGAGUGUACCCUCCAAAUAGCAAAUGUACUUGGAAAAUCACAGUUCCUGAAGGAAAAGUGGUAGUUCUUAAUUUCCGAUUCAUAGAUCUGGAGAGCGACAACCUGUGCCGCUAUGACUUUGUAGACGUGUACAAUGGUCACACCAAUGGCCAGCGUAUCGGGCGCUUCUGUGGCACGUUCCGGCCUGGAGCCCUUGUGUCCAGCGGUAACAAGAUGAUGGUGCAGAUGAUUUCCGAUGCCAACACGGCUGGGAAUGGCUUCAUGGCCAUGUUCUCUGCUGCUGAACCAAACGAAAGAGGGGAUCGGUAUUGUGGAGGACGCCUUGAAAGACCUUCCGGCUCUUUUAAAACCCCCAACUGGCCAGACCGAGAUUACCCUGCAGGAGUCACUUGUGUGUGGCACAUUGUAGCCCCAAAGAAUCAGCUUAUAGAAUUAAAAUUUGAGAAGUUUGAUGUUGAGCGUGACAACUAUUGCCGGUAUGAUUUUGUGGCUGUGUUCAAUGGUGGAGAAAUCAAUGACGCUAAAAGAAUUGGAAAAUAUUGUGGCGAUAGCCCACCUGCGCCAAUUGUAUCUGAGAGAAAUGAACUUCUCAUUCAGUUUUUAUCAGACUUAAGUUUAACUGCAGAUGGGUUUAUUGGUCACUACAAAUUCAGGCCAAAAAAACUGCCUACAACUACAGCAUCACCUGUUACCACCACGUUCCCUGUAACUACAGGUUUAAAACCCACCGUGGCCCUGUGUCAACAAAAGUGUAGACGGACGGGGACUCUGGAGAGCAAUUAUUGUUCAAGUAACUUUGUAUUGGCUGGCACCGUGAUCACAACUGUCACCCGGGGUGGAAGCUUGCAUGCCACUGUCUCGAUCAUCAACAUCUACAAGGAGGGAAAUCUGGCAAUUCAGCAGGCUGGCAAGAACAUGAGUGCCAAGAUCACUGUGGUCUGCAAGCAGUGCCCUCUCCUCAGGAGAGGUCUAAAUUACAUUAUUAUGGGCCAAGUGGGUGAAGACGGGCGAGGCAAAAUCAUGCCAAACAGCUUUAUCAUGAUGUUCAAGACCAAGAAUCAGAAGCUCCUGGAUGCCUUGAAAAACAAGCAAUGUUAAUAAUGAACUGUGUCGAGUUAAGCUGCAUUCUGUCAUUGCCUUGGAAAGAUCUAUAUUUUUCUCUGUAGGAAAAAAAAGUCUUAUAUUAAAUAUUGAGCAUUCAGAAAGAUUUACUCUUCACAUGAUGUAGGUAUGAGACCUCCGGUAUCACUGGUGGGAGUUCUGUGCCUGCGCCGAGAGGAGCAGAUACAUGAUUGAAAACUUGCAGACUUGGUGCGGCUAUAGGAAACUGAAUGUAUCAAGCACUGACAGUGUGGAAGCAGUUUAUUUAUACGUCUCUGUAAAAGGGUAAUUUAGAAAUGAGUGGUGUGAAGAUGUAAAAAAGAGAUUUUAUAAGUGCAAUAUUUAUAGUGAUAUUUGUUUUUCCUUCAAGCAUUUUCUCUGAGGGGUUAUAUUCUUCUCUUGCAUUUUUUAAGUCACUGCUUAAUAAAAUAUUUUUAAAUGAUUA